CCCGGUAGCAAGAUCCCUAGGGGCCCCGUUUACAGAAUGUCUCCCAAGGAGUUGGAUGAAUUGCGCAGGCAACUCGAUGAGCUGAUUGAGAAGGGGUGGAUAAAACCCAGUUCGUCACCGUACGGCGCACCAGUUCUGUUUGUGCCAAAGAAAGAGGGUGAACUGCAUUUGUGCAUUGAUUACCGGGGAUUGAAUGCUAUUGCGGUCAAGAAUGUUGAACCGUUGCCCCAGAUUGAUGACCUCUUAGACAGGGUGCAGGGAUGUAAGUAUUUCUCCAAGAUUGACCUGAAGUCUGGGUACCAUCAGAUUGAGGUGCAGCUGGAAGAUCAGCAUAAGACGACCUUCAUGACCCGCUACGGUCACUAUGAGUUUGUGGUGAUGCCGUUUGGAUUGACUAAUGCCCCUGCAACAUUCCAAAGAUGCAUGAAUGAUCUGUUUAGAGAUUGGUUAGAUAGGUUUGUUGUAGUUUAUUUGGAUGAUAUUCUGAUUUUUAGCAAGAGCUUGGAGGAGCAUCAUAAUCAUCUGCGUCAGUUUUUCCUGGGAUCAUCUGAUGGCUCAAAGCUCUAUUUAAAUAACAAGCUGCUGAUUGACAAUGAUCGAGAACACCCCUUUCACGUUCUUAAUGCGAGCAUACAGUUACCAGGGAAUACAUGGGCAAGAAUCCAAGUUGAUUAUUUUGUCGCAAGCGGCAUCAAAGCAUUAUCCUUAUCUUGGAUCAAGCCCGGCUUCCGAGAUAUAGAAGUGAUUCCAGCAUAUCUGUUAACAAGAACUCCAAUAAAUGUUGACUAUCCAGUAACCGCCACAAUCAAUCGAGUGAGCUCAACAGACCAUUGCCCAAGCUGCACGUUCAAGUAUUCACCAGAUGCAACGCCGGAGGUGUACAGCAUCAGAACACCAGAAAACUUGGUCAAAGGUGGUCAGAUCAUGACAAUUGAAGGGAGGAACUUCCGCGAGAACACAGACCCCUCACUCGUCAACAUUAUCAUUGGCCAGGAGCCAAACAUAACAUUCUGCAAUGUUACUUUUCUGAGCGAUAGUCGUAUGUUUUGCAUUCUGCCUUACAUGCAGAUGGGUGAGUAUCCGGUGACUGUGCUCUUUACAGAUCGCGGCCUGGCAAAGGUUUCUGGGCCACCGCUCAGCCUAUUUUAUGGCUUUUCUGUGAGCUUUAUGUUUCCAACACGCGGAUCAAUAGCCGGUGGAGCAAACAUUACCAUUCGUGGAUCAGGUUUCUCGCCAUUAACCUUUAAUAACAUUGUGAGGUUUGGACCAUCUCGGGUGGGAAUCGUCGAAUGCGACCCGUCAACAAUCAUUGUGACAGUUGGACCCAGUCCUUUACUGACAGAAAUAAAUGGCGCGGUGACCAGCAUUAUCAUUCCUGUGAUUGUUAGUGUUAUGAAUGGCACAACACUUCUGGCCGAAGGCACCUGUAGCUCCUGCAGCUAUGAAUACCAGCCAUUGAUUACACCCCGCCUCAACAGUGCUUUCCCCAGAGAUCUGUAUCCAUGGCAACCCACCUUCAUCAGGCUGAGUGGUGUAAACUUCCUUGCUGCUGGGAAUGUUGUCCCUGAUGAUAUAAUCGUCACGAUUGAUGACAAGCUAUGCACUGAUGUUAGACAGUUGACGAGCAUGUCUGUUGAAUGUCAGGCUCCUGGGUUGAAGGCUGGCCAACACCGGAUAACCAUGGCUAUUAAAAGAGUGGGAUAUGCUUUCCCAAGUGCAGCCAAUGUUUCUGUGCCUCUCUAUCUCAGAGACCCAAGAGGGGAUCCUGUCCAACCGCGGAUUGGAAGUAUCGGUGGUGGAACACUUGUCACCUUCUCAGGCAUAGGGUUCAGUGAGCGCGUUCAAGACCAUCUCGUCCUAAUCGGUGGUGUGCCGUGCCCAACUGUUUUCAGCAGUAUGAAUGAGAUGACUUGUGAGACAGGCGAGCUGAGGGAGGGAACAUUCCCAAUUGUGGUAUGAUGAAUCUCUCUAUCAAUGCCUUAAGAAAAGAGAGGGAAAGAAAAGAAAAAUGAAAAAGGAAGCAGAAC